AGGAGCGGGCGGCGGCGAGAGCUACCCCUGGGCGCGGAGAGCGAGCGACGCGGGUUCUGGGGUUCUGACUGAAGCGCGGCGGCGGUGGCGGCAAGUUGUGGGGCGGCAACAUGUUCAGCUGGAUGGGGCGGCAGGCUGGCGGGCGCGAGCGCUCGGGCGGCAUGGACGCGGUGCAGACGGUGACGGGCGGCCUGCGCUCUCUGUACCAGCGCAAGGUGCUGCCGCUGGAGGAGGCGUACCGUUUCCACGAGUUCCACUCGCCAGCGCUGGAGGACGCCGACUUCGAAAACAAGCCCAUGAUCCUGCUGGUGGGCCAGUACAGCACGGGCAAGACCACGUUCAUCAGAUACUUACUGGAGCAAGAUUUCCCAGGCAUGAGAAUUGGUCCAGAGCCAACCACAGAUUCCUUUAUUGCUGUGAUGUAUGGGGAGACUGAGGGAAGCACCCCUGGGAAUGCUUUAGUUGUGGAUCCCAAAAAGCCAUUCCGAAAGCUUAGUCGCUUUGGAAAUGCUUUCCUAAACAGAUUCAUGUGCUCACAGCUGCCCAACCAAGUUCUGAAGAGCAUCAGCAUCAUCGACAGUCCCGGCAUUCUGUCUGGGGAGAAGCAGCGCAUAAGCCGAGGGUAUGACUUCUGCCAGGUCUUACAGUGGUUUGCCGAGAGGGUUGACAGGAUCAUCCUGCUCUUUGACGCUCACAAAUUGGACAUCUCAGAUGAGUUCUCAGAGGCGAUCAAGGCCUUCCGGGGCCAGGAUGACAAAAUCCGAGUGGUACUGAACAAGGCUGACCAAGUGGAUACACAGCAGCUGAUGCGAGUCUAUGGGGCCCUCAUGUGGUCUCUGGGCAAGGUCAUCAACACCCCUGAAGUACUCCGAGUCUACAUUGGUUCAUUUUGGGCACAGCCCCUGCAAAACACCGACAACCGCCGGCUCUUUGAGGCUGAAGCACAGGACCUCUUCCGAGACAUCCAGAGCCUGCCCCAGAAGGCUGCAGUGCGCAAACUCAAUGACCUCAUCAAGCGUGCAAGGUUGGCCAAAGUCCACGCCUACAUCAUCAGCUACCUGAAGAAGGAAAUGCCAAAUAUGUUUGGAAAAGAAAAUAAGAAGCGAGAACUUAUCUACAGGCUCCCGGAAAUCUAUGUUCAGCUGCAGCGAGAAUACCAGAUUUCUGCAGGGGACUUCCCUGAGGUCAAGGCCAUGCAGGAGCAGCUUGAGAACUACGACUUCACCAAGUUCCACUCACUGAAGCCCAAGCUGAUCGAGGCUGUGGACAACAUGCUGACCAACAAGAUCUCAUCCCUGAUGAGCCUCAUCAGCCAGGAGGAGAUGAACAUGCCCACACAAAUGGUGCAGGGCGGUGCCUUUGAUGGCACCACGGAGGGGCCCUUCAACCAGGGCUAUGGGGAGGGGGCCAAGGAGGGGGCCGAUGAGGAAGAGUGGGUUGUGGCUAAAGACAAGCCGGUGUAUGAUGAACUCUUUUACACGCUGUCACCCAUCAAUGGCAAGAUAUCGGGUGUCAACGCCAAGAAGGAGAUGGUGACCUCCAAGCUGCCCAACAGUGUCCUGGGCAAGAUCUGGAAGCUGGCUGACUGCGACUGCGACGGCAUGCUGGACGAGGAGGAGUUUGCGCUGGCCAAGCACCUCAUCAAGAUCAAGCUGGACGGCUACGAGCUGCCCAACAGCCUGCCCCCACACCUGGUGCCCCCCUCCCACAGGAAGUCCCUGCCAAAGGCUGACUGAGGGCGCACAGCUAGGGUGGGAGGGAUGGUGCCUGGGCCUGAAGUCUGCUCUGCCACUGACUCGCUGAAUGUCCGUGGCCAAGGUUCUGUCCUCUUCGUGACUCGGUUUUCUCAUAUGUAGGGCAGGGAGGGCAGAUCCCGGACACUAGAUGAGGUCUUUAUGCCUCUAAAAUCCUGAAGUUUCUAUCAAAAUAUUGAGAAGAGCAGUAUAUAGAUAUGGAGAUCAAAGAAUAAUAAGAAAAAAAUUAUCCAAAGAAGAAUGUAGGUGUGACACAGGCUGUUGAAGUCUGGGCACUCAGGGAGUAAGCCAGGGACUCACUGGAGCCUUCAGAGCUGGACAGUAAGUUACCGUGAGCCUCUCUGUCCUUCAGAGGGCACUGAGAGACAGCAAAGGACCUAAUUUAUUUUUCUUACUGUGUUUCCUGCUCUGUCUAGAGAGGAAAGGGAACAGAGCAGAGAGUUUCUGCCUUCCAUAGAUUAAAAACCAAAGAGAAGACUAAUACCCAGGUUUGAAAGAGGAUGUGCCAUGUCUGUGUGGGCCCAUCUGCAGUCCCCAUCAGAGGAGGCAGCAGGCCAGGACAGCCUGUCUUGUCCCAGCACCUGCUGCCUGACCCUGCCAAGCCUCCCUCAGUUAGGAAUUCAGAAUUCACAAACUGUCAGCCCCUGGCAAGACCUGUAGACCUUCAAAUCAUGCGGAAGUCUGAGGAUCGUCUUUCCAUUUCACAAAUAGUUUGCAGCAGAGUCAAUUUAUCAGACUCACUAAGUGUGCCCUUCGACCACUGAAUGUCCCCAAGGCUUUUUUUGGUAGGUGGCAGAAUUUAAAUUCAAUAAAGCUAUGUCUUGAUUUGUGUGGAGUCCCAGAGCCUUCGGACCCAGGUAAAGCGAGAGCAGCCCCAUCCUGAGCUGUGAGUGGAAGAGACCAGCGACCUGGUGAUUGAUUUUGUUGUUUGAUUUUUAAAGAAAGAAAUGCAUUUUAUUGUGUCCAGUUGUUUUUCUCACAAGAUGUAGUCUCUCUGAAGAAAUCUUCUCUGUAAUACCUUGUCUUCCAAGCUAGAACACCUCACAUCAGGAUUGCCUAUCUGGGGCUAGGAUUGGGCUACUUCUGCCUCUUCAGUGGUCUUUCCCAAGCCCACUUAUUCAGGUGCCGCAGGGGCUGCCUCCUACUGUACCCUGCUCUGGGGCCCAGAAGAACACUGUCACCAUCACUUACGAAGUAGGAAUCACAGCGCAGCAGUGACCACAUGACCCAGCCCCAGCAGCAGCAGAAAUGAAUGAAUCUGAACAGCAUCCCUGAAUCUUCACAAAAACAUACUCCAACCCCUAAUUGUCUGCAUCUGGCAACCUCAGGGUCAGAGCCGGUGAUUUAAGAGAAAAUGCUAAAAGCUCACACCCAUUUCCCAGCACUUGGGAGGCAGAUGCAGGGGGAUUACCAUGAGUUCGAAGCCAGUCUGAACUACAUCGUUAGUUUUAUGGUAGUCUGUGUAAAACAGAGAAUACUGACGCCACCAUUCACGCUUCCUAUCUUACUUUCUAAAUAAUGGUUUUAAGAGAAACACAGUGUUCGCCUUACUCUGAAAGCGUGUUUUUAUUAUUUGAACACACACGGGUGAAUGUUUGAUCCCGGAGCUAUAACUGCAUUUCUGUCGGUGUCCAUGGAGAGGUGAUGCCCGGGAGGUCUUGACUUUCCUCCUAGUUGUCUCCUGCUUUCUCUGCACAGUUGUCAUAUAUCUACCUAAAUAUAAUCACAAAUGUA